AAGCAUAAGGGUUAAGAAAAAAAAAAAAAAAAAGUCUAAUCUCUUUGUUUUUUAAAUACAGCCAAAGCUCAUGUGAAAAAUCUGGUUAGAAAUUUAAUGGAGCUCAAAACCAUGGAAGACCUGUUUUCAUCUUUCACCCUUCAUGUCUUCUUGUAUCUAUCUCUAUUUCAUCAAUCAUCAUAUUCUCAACAAGCAUAUAUUAAUAACCAGACUUUGUUCAACUGCUCUGAUAACGCUUCAACCUCGAAAGGGUACCUCUGCGACAUAGGCCAUGUGAAGUCCUGCAUGUCCUUUGUCUUCUUCAGAUCCCGAACACCUUAUGACACCGCUCUUACCAUUGGCCAGCUUCUUGGCUCUGAAGCCUCUGAAAUUGCUUCUCUCAAUAACAUCUCUUCAUCAGCUGACAAGAUUCCUGCCAAUAAAUCGAUACUAGUGCCGGUUUCUUGUACAUGCUCUGGCAAUAUCUACCAGCACUACGCUCCUUACACGGUUAAGAAAUCAGAUACAUAUUAUAGAACGGCUACAGAAACUUACCAAGGCUUGACUACAUGCCAAGCAAUGAUAAGUCAGAACUACUAUGACCCUGAGGAAAUUCCAGUGGGAGCGGAGUUGACAGUUCCGGUGAGAUGUGCCUGUCCAACUGAAAAUCAGACAAACAGUGGAGUGGCUUCCCUAUUGACAUAUACGCCAGACCAGGAUGAUGUAGGGGUGACAUCCAUUGGAAAGAGAUUUGGGGUAGAUGGACAGAGCAUAUUGGAGGCAAAUAUGUUGUCUCCAAACAGCAGUAUCUUUGCCUCUACCCCAAUUUUGGUUCCAUUAAAAAGAGAGAGCUGCUCCGUAUAUCCCGAGUUGUUCUUCUGCAAAUGUACCAAAGGCUAUCUUGCAGAUGGGAACUGCAGAUCUAGUAAUAAAAGCUUUCCAACCAAGUUGGUUAUGGUGUUAGGUGUUGGAAUUGGGAUUGUGUUCUUGUGUCUGUUCCUUUCGGGUUACAAGUUGUAUAAAUGGAUUAAGGAAAGGAGAAUAAGAAUCCGCAAGGAGGAGUUCUUCAAGCAAAACGGCGGUUUCUUGCUGCAAGAAAAAUUAGCAUCUAUUGGAAACAAUGAGAGGGCAAAACUAUUUACAGCAGAAGAGCUGCAAAGAGCUACAGACAAUUAUAACCAGAGUCGGUUUAUUGGUCAGGGAGGCUGUGGCACAGUCUAUAAAGGAAUGUUAACUGAUGGUACUAUAGUUGCUGUUAAAAGGUCAAGAGCAAUAGAUCGGAAACAGAUUGAGCAGUUCAUCAACGAAGUUGUCAUUCUGUCGCAGAUUAAUCAUCGAAACAUUGUGAAGUUACUAGGUUUUUGUUUAGAGACUGAAGCUCCAUUGCUAGUAUAUGAAUUCAUUUCAAAUGGAACUCUCUCUCAUCAUAUACGCAAGCAAGAGCCUGAGUCAUCACUUUCCUGGGAAAACAGAUUGAGAAUUGCUUGUGAUGUUGCUGGAGCUUUAACAUACAUGCAUUCUGCAGCUUCAAUUCCCAUCUUUCAUCGAGACAUCAAAUCUUCUAACAUUCUACUAGAUGAUAAAUAUAAUGCAAAAGUGUCCGACUUUGGGACUUCAAGAUUAGUCCCAGAUGAUAAGACUCACUUGACAACAGCAGUACAGGGAACUUUUGGAUACAUGGAUCCAGAGUACUUCCAGUCAAGCCAAUUCACAGAUAAAAGUGAUGUCUAUAGCUUUGGAGUUACACUUACAGAAAUCCUAACUGGAGAAACUCCAUAUUCUUAUGCUAAAGAUAAAGGGAAUAAUCUGGUUGCAACUUUCAUUUCAUUCACAAAGGAGAACCAACUUUUUCAGAUUUUAGAUCCUCAGGUGGCCAGAGAUGCCGGAAAGGAGGAUCUUCAGGUUAUAGCCGAGCUGGUAAUGAAUUGUUUGAGGUUGAAUGGGAAGAAGAGGCCUACAAUGAAACAAGUAUCAGUUGAGUUAGAAGGACUGUAUAAGACCCAAAGUAGCCUUCAAAUUGAGCAGGAGCCAGAGUUAUUAAGGGAUAAGAAGGUGCCGGAUAUGUAUGCUACUUUUCAUACAAGUGAAGAACCAAUAGAGCAAAGCAUUUCCUCUUCCUUGGAGAUGGAAUCUGUGUCGUUUUAGAGAAGCAUUGUUCAGGAAGUUUCUCCAUUUUUGUCAUUUAUUUUUUUCAACCAUGUAUUAUUUUAGAGGUAACUGCAUGUUCUUUUGUUCUUUAUGAAAAAUAAAUCCAACUUGAUUAUGUAUA